AUGUCAGGACCGCCAGAUAUGAUUCUGAACAACGAUUUGAGUUUAGGAACGCUGCAAGAUGUUGGAAGUGACUCUAGUAGGGCCAGCGAUGGUGCGGCCCCUAGUGAUUCGAGCGAUAGCGUUCUCGAUGCAGAACCUGUGUCCAAGUUUACGAGUAUUCUUGACUGUCCCGUGGAUGAGUGUAUCAAGGACGAUUCUUCUCAGUUGGUGAAUAUCGUUCCAGCAGGGUUUAGUGCGUUGCUAGAGUCGUACUUUUCUUUAUUUGCGCUUUGCAUUGCCAUUAAUGUGCCAUCACAGUUUCUCAAGCCGGAUUUUAGGGAAUUGCCAUACAAUGAGCAAUGGUUCAAGGGCGAUACGGUUGCCGCGUCACCAUACUGCUUGGUGCAUAGGGAUUCGGGUCCUCAGUUUGUGGAGAAGUCGGAAGUUGUUGGUAACGAACUGCUAGAAACACAGCCGCAGUUGAUUCCCAGGUUUCAAAGGCUUAUUGCUGUAGCCAACAGCUUGGAUUCCAAACGGUCGUUUGUGAGUGCGAAGUUGAUCAGCAGUGGGGUAGACGUCAAUGUGACUCAGGCCUUGCGUUCGUUUGACCAUUUGUCGGAAGUGUUUCCGCAGUUCAUCAUGAACUUGCACACGGAAAACGAUAUGUGUUUGAAGGGACCCAAUGCUACAUCGAAAUUGUUCAAUUCCAGGGCAUUACACAGACCGAGCGUGGCAGAGCCGUUCCAGCCUACCUCGCUGUCGGUUCUCAACUUUUCUCCUGAGAAUUACGCGCCAACGUUGUACGAAAUGUUCAACCCGAUGCUUCUUCCAGAAGAAGAGGACGAAGAAGAAGAAGAAGACGAGCAAGUGGAUGGGAACUCCCCCGGCAAUGGGGGGUCCAGGACAAGAUAUGCGAUAGAAAACGCGUUUGACUUUUUGGCGCCCGUGUUUACGAUAAUCUUUGACGAUAUGGACGAGUCCACCGAGGAAGUCAACUUGUCGCACGGCGUGGAGAUGCCGAUGGAGUUUUAUCCGCAGUUGUACACCAAGAAUGCGCUGGAGCAGGUGGUGAUCCCAGUACUACAAGAGAGACAGGAGCUCAGAGAUACAAACAAGGCCAAAUUGAACAAGAUGACGUCGCUCCAGUCGUUCCAGGGCAAGCAGAUCAAGUCCUUUUUGAAUAGUUCUAUCAACUAUCUCGACGAAAUACAAUUGGGCGACGAUCCAACCCGAUCCAAAGAACUUCGCGACCACUUGCAACACAUCAGCGACGAAUUGUCAACCAAGAAGCGCGAACUGUUGGUCCAGUACACAGAACUGCAAAAGCAAAUUACACAAUUGUCUUUCGAGAGACCCUCGGACCGUAUCAUCGAACUGGCAAGGCAACGCGGUGUUAUUGACGAACCGUAUGUACUACGAUUGGCCGCAUUAUCGCCAUACGACUACCUAAUCGCCCGCAAUGUGUCAAAUAACGACAAACACAGCAGCAGCGGCAGCAACUCCGCCGAAAGCCCGUGGCUGCGCGUCGUCACGGACUUUGGCUCCACAACCAUUACCCAGCAUCCGUUGACCGAAACUGAAGCCCAGGACGUCAUCAAAUCCGCAACACGACACGCCUCGGAAACCCCAAUUCUCUUCGUCUACAUCAAGAAGGACUCCAUCGAGCCCGUAUCUGAGAUUCGCCGUGCCCUCGCAGGCAACCAACCACUCGCCGACUUUCUGCAGAAGGAUUUCGAUUUUCUUUCGAGACUCAUGCUUUGA